AUUAGCGCGAGAAGUAGCAGGUGGGAAUCGGCAAGUGGGGGCGGGUUAAAGUUCGAUUUUCACGUACGCUGGCAGAUACGAUCUUCGGCCGGUGGCCAGGUGGCCAUGGCGACGGAUCGUGAAAAUCGCGUGGCCGGGACCGAUCAAUACGAGCGCGACUUCUCGGGUCCCUGCCUCGUUCUCUCCCUCUCUCAUUCUCUCUCGCUCUUUCUCGUGGUCGGCCGCUAUCUCCCCUCUUUCUCUUCUUUCGCCAGUGAGCGCGCGCGCAAGAGAGAGAGGGAGAAAGAGAGAGAGCCCGGUACGAUGCCAAGGGAAACCCCUCCCGCUCGCGUACGCCCCUUUCCGCGCGAGAAAACACACGCACGCACGCAUAUACGCGUUCACAGGCAAAAACGCAAUAACUCGUGGCUGCCACCGAGGGGGGAGAAGGUGACCGAAAGUGGGGGUAGGGGAGGGAGAAAGAACGACGACGAAAGCACGCAGAAAGCAAAGGGUGAGAACGAGAAUGUGGCACGAAACUCGCUAGGCACGUGCUCUGAAUCUCUGCCGAACGAGUUUGCACAGCAUCCGUACGAGGAUGUUUCGGACGAAGGUGAGCUACCUGGAGGAGGUGGAUUCAUCGGGUAAUGUGACACUACCCUUGGUAGAAUCUUGAGAGGACACGUGCUGCAUAAAUGGAACCACGUGCCUCACCUACCGAUUAAUUGUGCAUUCUAUAAUAAUGAAUAGGACGAACAUAUAUGCAUAAGAAAGUAACAAACCUGUAGAUACAAUAAAAUACAAGCAAAUUA